AUAGAGCUUUUUGAAGGCAUUGCUAACCGAAAAAAUCGCAACUGUCCUGUCUAAUCUAGGGUUUUGAAAAAGCAAAUCAAUCGAAGAUGGCUCUCGCUAAGGCUAAGGAAAUCGUUGCUGCCAAUCCAAUUGUGGUCUUCAGCAAGACGUACUGUCCGUUCUGCGUUAGCGUCAAGGAGUUGUUGUCUAAGCUCGGUGCCUCCUUCAAGGCCAUUGAGUUAGAUUCUGAAAAGGAUGGAAGUGAGAUCCAGGCAGCACUGGCUGAGUGGACUGGUCAGCGAACUGUGCCAAACGUCUUCAUCGGCGGGAAGCACAUUGGUGGCUGUGAUGCCACAACUGCCUUGCACAAGGAAGGGAAGCUUGUUCCACUGCUAACUGAGGCUGGAGCACUUGCUAAAUCUUCCACAGCUUAAUGGAUCAAUUAGUCGGCUGUUUAAUGAAUCAAUCCCGUGAACUUAUCCCAUAAAUAAAGUGGUUUAUGCUCUCUGUAUGUUAGCUAAGCGGUUAUGUGAAUGCUAUUUGAUGCUUCAAAGAAGAAAGUUGAACGAGUAAUAGUGCAUAUGAAAAUUUGUCUUGAAGCCUGA